CGGUCCUCCGGCGGCUGCAGCUUGCUCGUCCUUGUUGCGCUCGUGUUUUGCUGCAGAUCCCGCGGGCGCUACCACUCCUGCCUCUCCCGCCCGCCCAUUCGCUUCUCGAUUGAAACGGUGGUGAACGGAUGAGUGCACGGUAUUCCUCCUUCCUGUCAGUUCAGUGUUCGAGUGCGUCACAUGCAAAUGCUAUCCUCCUGCUGCUACUGCUGUUGCUGCUGUUGCUGCUGCUGUUGCUGGUGGUUCUCCUGCCCCACAUCCGGUGCGUCUAGGCCUGUGCCCGCCUUCCGCGCGUUCCUUCCGUUCUCCACUGUUUGCCCGAUCAAUCGUCCUUCUACGUCGCCGCCGGAACGACAUUGUUAGUGCACCGAUCGUGUUAACGGUUCAAAUGCUUGGGAUCUUCCGUGUGCUGGUGUCCGGUGUGCAGUGUGACAACGCGCAACGCCGCCCGUGAACUGUGACCAGGAUACAACGGCGCUACGUCCGUACCUGUUCCAACUCGAUCGAAGAUGGACAACCACCCGACACCGGAGACAACCAAGGCGAUCAGUCUGGCCGAGGAGGGUAGCAACAGCGUCGACUACGAGCAGGCACUAUCGCUGACCGGCUUCGGCUGGUUCCACUACCGGCUGCUAGCCCUAUGCGGGCUCAUCUACGCCAACACGGCCAUCGGCGUUACCAUCCUGUCGUUCGUGUUACCGUCGGCGACCUGCGACUUCCGGAUGACGUCCGAGGACAAGGGCUGGCUGACGGCGGCUCCAAUGCUCGGGAUGGUGAUUGGAUCGUACUUCUGGGGUUGCCUGGCCGACACCAAGGGACGCCGGGUGGUACUGAUUGCCGCCCUGCUGCUCGACGGUGCGAUCGGUAUACUGUCGACCGCUUCGCAAAUAUUCUCCCUCUUCAUGUUCUUCCGGUUCAUCAAUGGGUUUGCCAUCACCGGCGCCAUGGGCAUUUGCUUUCCCUACCUGGGCGAAUUCCAACCGACGGUGUACCGGGAAAAGAUCCUCUGCUGGAUGGAGCUGUUCUGGACGCUCGGUAUCAUAGUGCUGCCGUGCAUUGCCUGGCUCGUCAUACCGCUCGACUUUCGGUUCGUCAGCGCCAAUGGGUUUCGCCUGGCGAGCUGGAACCUGUUUGUUGCCCUCAGCGCUAUCCCCAGCCUGCUGCUCGGUGUAUGGUUGUUCUCUUUCCCCGAGAGCCCCAAGUUCCUCAUUGAGUGCGGCGAGGAGGAGCUAGCGAUUGAAGUGCUGAAAGACAUCUUCCGUGUGAACACUGGCCGCGAACGGGACGAGUAUCCGAUCACUGGCUUGAAGGUGCGCGAAAAGGGUAACGCAAUCAUGGAGGCACACCAGCGCUCGAUCCGAUCGUUCUGCAUCCACAAACCGAAACACAUCCGCAUCCUGUUGGGUGAAAUUUGGGAGCAAACGAAGACGCUGUGCGGGCCAACCUUCCGGCGGAACACGCUGCUCGCCUGUCUGAUCCAGUUCGGUAUCACCUCGAGCUACUACACGCUGAUGAUCUGGUUUCCCGAGCUGUUCGGUCGAUUCGAAGAGUACGAGAAGCGGUACCCGAACUCGUCCGUGUCCGUCUGCGACGUGUCGUCGAUCGUGCUGGACAACGGUGCCGAUGGUACGGUGGUGGAGGAGUUCUGUGGUACCGAGAUCGACACGAACGUUUACUGGCACACGCUGCUGCUCGGUUUCGCCUGCAUCCCGACCAGCUUCUGGUUGCCGCUGUGCGUUCACCGGCUCGGCGCCAAGUUCUUUCUCAUUUUCAGCUUGCUGGUGGCAGCGGGCGUUACGGUAGGCCUGUCGUACGUCAACAACUCGACGCAAAACCUGGUGCUGUCCUGCAUUUUCGAGGCACUGACAUCGAUGGGCAUCAGUACCGUCUACUGCGUGAUGGUGGAUCUGUUUCCGACGAACCUGAGGGUUAUGGCCGCGGCACUCUCGCUGACCUGUGGACGCGGCGGUGCACUACUCGGUAACAUUCUGUUCGGGUUUCUGGUCGAUCUCAACUGUUUCAUCCCGGUGGUCCUGUUUGCGGCCCUGCUCCUCGGGAGUGCCAUCUUGUGCUUCUUUCUGCCCAGCACGGGCACUAUGGCGCUCGAGUAAGCAGCUUCUUCUUCUUCUUCAAUGAGGAUUUACCCCCGGGCGGGCACGGCUCUUGAAUCUAGCAUCCUGAGCGUUCGCAGACUACCCUGAGGAUAGAUAGCCCUCUCACGCCUAUCUUAGAGACCGGCUACUGUGGCCACAUGGCCAGGGUACAUGAUAGGUAACUUGUGUCCUUUAGACACUCGCGCGCUGGAUUAGAUUUGAAGGUUUUUUUUUUUUUGGAACGUUCUAACAGUACCUUAAGGUUUAUUGCUUCUUAAGACGAGUCCCGGGCACGCACUGGAAGGAUUCUUUGUUACGUUGUAAAAGGGUAUAGUAUAUAGGGAUACUAGCGAGUGGUGCAGCGUAUAUAGAUUGUGUAGAAUGAUUAUUUAGAUAACAGGAUUCCCCUCCCUAGUGUGAGUGAUUUUGCUACUAUUCUCCUUAUCUUCCGUGUUCCAACCGCGUUCACAAAUACUAGGCAGCUAGACUAAACGAAACAUUAAACAAAUUU